AUUUUGGUUGUUAUUCUCCGGAACCAUUAUGACACACAGUUAUAACUGGGAUUUUAUAAUUCUACUCCCCUCCUUAACUAACUGAUUUGACUUAUUUGUAAUGAAUGGAAGGUUGAUGCCUGACAGUGAAUCAGCGCCUGGGGGACCAUGUGGACGACAACCAAACCAACUCAUUUCAGUUAGUCAAAAAAUAGACACGGAACAUCCACAAAAAUCAGUAAUGCCAAUGCAACAAUAUUAUCACCACCCAAUAUCACCCAGAAGGUUAAAUUAUCCGCAACAACACUCUUAUGAUCAACAGCACCUUUUGGACAGUCACCAUUUUCAGUGCUUUCCAGUGCAAUCAGAAUUGAAGUACAAUUAUUCUGAUGAAUCGUCUAGUUUCUAUCAGCCAACAUCUGUACGUAAUUAUCAAUCGAACCAUCAAACGAGGGUAUCUGAACGCUUGCCUAAACAUAAAUAUCUCAAUCACCCAUUUCAUCAGAAACUUUUGGAUCCUAAUUUAUCCAUUUUACUCCAUCCUCAAAAUCAGUCAAAUGCACCGACAGAGGCGCUAUUUAGUGGGGCAAUAACAGAUGAUGAACUCUUAUCAUCACAACCGCCUCCUCCACCAUUACCACCUCAUCAUAUCUUGUUUCUUCCUUCGUCAGAAACAGCAUUUAAACCGAUAAAUCACCAGUAUACUGAACGAAAUGCAUCAUCCUCACAAUCCAUUCAUGAAUGCAAUAGUGAGAUUAUUGAUGCUGGUCGUGGUGGCAGUCAUGGCUGUCCCAUUGCUAAUAGUAGUAGUAGGAGUAGUACGAAAAUGAAUUCCACACCAAAUUUAUUAGACCACCACGGUACAACCAAUACUACUGUCAAUACUUCUGAAUAUUUUAAUCCCUUGUUGUACAAACAUCGACAGUUACAAAUGCAAAUGCAGAAUUUAAAACAUUUACAACAACAGGACAAAUAUCAAGCUAGACUACCUACCUUAUGGACUUUUUGUGGAACAACAAAGAGUACGGAGGAACUAUUGAAAAGGCAAAAGAAAUUAGAUCACCUACAAUACUGUCUGCAAAGGUAUGAAAUUGAACGUGAGGAGGCUGGACAAGCAAUUUGCCGGAUCGAGGAACGUAUGCAGGAGUUAGAAGCUCGAGCAACUGACCUACUGGAAUUCGAUAUUUCAAAGAACCUAAAUGACAACAACAGGAUGAAUUCUAUGCAACAACAUUGGGGGACUAGCUCGACUGAUUUCAGUCAAGCGGAACAGUUACCAUCAAAUGAUGAGUUUGAAAACCACUAUAUUAGUUGGUUGCAAAGUAUUGAAAAUACAACAAACACUCUGAAGACUCCUUUUCUGAAUGAACAUAAUACGAGUUCGGAAGAUAUUUAUACUCAGAAUAACUACAUGUACAUAGAACCAUCUCUGAAUGAUAACACAGCGUCGAGUAACCAACCUAAACAACAUUGUUCACUAGGACAUUCUUUCAACUCUUUACCUCUGCCUAGUGCAAACGGUACAGCACUACCUGGGAACAAUAAUUCACCGGAAUCUAAACGAAAUCUACUAUUGGAACAUUUGAUGAUUCAAAGACAGCGGUUAGCUACAGCUGAUGCCUCAGUCACAUCGCUAGCAAAGCGAUUAAUGCUGUUGAACUCGAAUUCGAAACUACAACAAGAUGUUUUGCUGAAUAAACCACGGAAGCUUUCAUACUCUGGUAAUCCAACUGAACAAAAUACGUCGAUGUUCCAUGAAUUAACAGAUAAUUCUGCAUUUUACAACAAACAAGCCAUAUCAAGUUCACUGGUUGAGUCAAAGACCCUUCGAAAUUCAAAACAUAUGAGUAGUUAUGCAAAUCCGGUGGUUCACAGUGAAGGUUCCGGUGGUGCCGCUGGUGAUGAUGGUAUUGGUAGCAGUACAUUCCAAUCUCGAUUUAUUCGCAGUUUGGAGGACGAUAUUUUAAUCCGUGCAUAUUCAACAAAGAACAAGCAAACAGCUUGGCAGAAAUCUAGUACAAUUGAACGAACAAACGGUUCAAGUGUUCAAUAUCUGUUAGACUCUCCUCAGUUGAAAGACAUUAAAUUGACUAGCGCUACGCGUAAACUCAAUGAAACUUCAUUUAACUACCUCAAUUCUAAUAGUACUACUACCAUUAAUAGCACUAAUAACAAUACUGACAGUAGCAUCAUAACUAGUGAAUUCAGUGCUUUACUAAAAAAGGGUACACCAACUGCCAAUAAUGAAAGGCAAAAAUUACCGACACCUAUUCGUACGAAUUCAUCAACAUGGUGUACAGGAACACAUUCCCAAAGAAUCCCACAGGUUACACAACUUGCAAGACACCAACGUGCUUCAGAAAAUGGCUACAUAGAAUUAGCUAAUACCAGCUCUUCCCCGGUACCAGAAGAUGAUUAUACAACUCGACUUUUACGAGAGACAUCGAAAACACAGUUACCUAGUCGUAGAUAUUUUAAUACCAAUGCUCCAAACAAUUCUAUGACAGGAUUUCUAACCCCUGUAAAUUGUCCACUAGCAACAGCACAACUGUUAUCCUGCAGUGACAAAACUUUGCCUAGACAAUCAUCACCAUUUGUAAGGCAACAAGUGCAGCAACUACCGCAUCCACCACCACCUCUUCCGCCGAAACCAAGUCAAAUCAAUCCAAAAACAUCGAUAGACUCACAAGAACAUCUCAGUGCUGAAGAUGAAGAAGUGUUUAAAUUUAUGUCACGAUCAUUUGACCCCAAUGAUGAGUUAAGUUCAGAUUUCCAGGUGAAAGCCAAGCGUUAUAUUAAACAGAAAUCAGAGUAUGCAUUUAAUUUGAGGGAAUUUUUAAAAACUCUUCACCAUCCGGUGGAUGAUUUAGCCGUGAAAACGUCUGACACAACUGCAUUACCCCAAUCAAACAGUGGAAUAUGUCUUACAAGUAUACUCGGCAACUGGAUCACAUUAAGAACUUCCCGAGCACAGAAACCUCUGCCAGCGGAGGAAUCCUUAGAUUAUUUUCAGUGCAAAAUCAUUUUGACCGGCAGAAUAUGUGGUGGUUAUUUGUGGAUAAUGAAGAAACCAAGUCGUACUAGGAAUAAUAUCUGGGAAUCAAUUAAACGUCGAGUACAUGAUUCAUCGUCUACUCAGUCAACAAAUGGUGAGAAUGAAAAAAUCAAUAAACGAAUAAUAAUACGUAGUACAAGCCAAGCCAGAUGGUGUCGUAAAUGGCUGUCAUGUGACAUGCUAGAACAAAAGAUUUUUAUCUGUGAAAGAAAAGGCAAUGGCAGAAUUGAUUGUACUAUAAACUUUUCAAUUAUCAAAGUUGUCCAUCAAAGGAGUACAGAACAACUAUUAGAUAGUCAAAAAUCCUUUUCAUUAUCGCCUAGAAUUUCCCAAAGAACUCUUUAUUCUUUGGUGAGUACCGACAACAACAACAAAAAUGACGAAAAAGGUAAUAGUGAAAGUCAAGACAGUUUUAAAAUUAUGACGGAUAACAAUCACAAUCAUCGGAGACAGCAAUCAUUAACAUUAUCAUCAACAACAACAGCUACAGCGGUAACAACAAUAACGACAAGUGAGACAGACAGAAGUGACGUUGAACAAAUAAACUGUACAGAAAAAACUGAAACAUUCUUUUGCUUAGAAACUACUUUACAUACUUAUUUUUUAAUGGCACCAUCACCAGAGUUGACAAGAUUGUGGAUGGAUGUUUUAAAGCAAGGUGAGUGAUUGUUUAAUGGAUAGUUCACUUUUAUCACUGCUAUCAGAAAUAAUGGCCUAGUCAUCCUGAAGAGGGCUCAGCGUGACCAAACCAAGACGUGGCACCAGUCGAUAAAGUCUCUGACUAUUAAUCCAAGUCGUGUAGGGAGGGGCCGGCUGCUGGACUGAGCUCCUUUAGACGACAGGAAUCAGUGGUUGAGGAGAUGUCUAGAAAUUAGCCACCAUGGUGUGGAUGGAUUCCUCCCUUGACAUCUUCUGAAGCUUAAGUUUUUGCAUUAAUCUCCAUCUGCAGAUGGUUUCUUCUCUUGUUCACCAUUGUCUAUCUUGAUUUCAGUCUUUUUCUAUUCAUUUGUUCUUCGAGUACUAAUAUGAAGCAACUUGCAUCGAUACACUUGUGUGAGAGGUUCUACGAUGAUUUUGUCAGUCAAUCAUUUACUAUACAAUAAACAUACUCUAGUGACCAGUGACCACCAUUUCAUACUAUGAGUUGAAGAGGGGAUCUGCCUUGGAUCUCAUUGGUUAGCUUGACAGCCCAAAAAUUUUUUCUCGUUAACAUGCAUUAUUUUCAGUGGUUGAUUUUCACUGAAGGGAAUAUAAUGAAAUUGAUUAACUGCCUUCUUAAAAUUAAGUGAGAGGACGGAAACCAUCUUAGCUUAUUACGACUCGAUAACUGAGUGGAUACGGCUCUAGCGUUUGAAGCGAUAGGUUCCAGGUUCGAGUGUUAGGGGGAAAAACAUCACUCACUGUGGGACAGCAAGUACGUCCAGCUGACGAGUUCCAAAAAGGACGAAAAGUGCUUCCUGGAUUUCACUACAAGGUUAUACCCAAGAUUAUUACCAUCUUGAUCAGUGUCAAACGUGGUCUUCAAAUAAGUUGAUUCUGAGACAUUUUGUCAGUUUCUUCGCAUUAUAAAUUUACUUAAAAUAUAGAUUUAGAUAUUGUAAGCAGGUUCAAUGAAUGAUUGAUUUCUAUUUUAGCCAAAUAAUGGGUUUUUAAAUAUCUAUUACAGGUUUAAAGUUUAUUCAUUUACAUAUUUUGAAAUUUUUCAGUCCAAAAGUGCGAUUUAAAUAUUCGCCGCGUUUUGAAAUUAUGCUGUAAUAAUGAUCUGACCGUUCCACUUGGAUGUGAAAACAGUGCAGUCGACAUAGCGUGAAAUACCGAGUAUCACUUCAUGAAUAGUGAACAAUAUUUUAGAGAAAGAUUUAUUUAUUAGUGCAUGAAAUCCAGUCAAAAGAAACCCCAUGAAGACACAGACAGAAAACAUCAACGUAAAGCCUCCCAUACAAGUGCAACGGUUCAAGUUGCCAACCUUCGUAGUAGCAUGCGAGGAACAAGUGGAUAUAAAAGAUUGAUAUCAAAGUAGACAAAGGUAUGUGGGAGGAGACGGUAUUUAAAAAUUAAGCUUAGUCAACACAUUCAAGCUUUAGAUGUCAAAGAGUGAAUACAUGUGCACCAAUAUGAUAGACUUUCAGCGGUGUCACGAAGGUUUCUCCAUCACUGAUUCAUAUCAUCCAAAGGACUCCGAUGAGGCAGUUUACAUUUCCCAACACGGCUCUGACCUACUGUCUGGGACUACAUUGACUGGUGUCAUCUCUUGGUCUCGCCACCCUGAACCCUCUUCAAACUUAAUCAUACCUCCCCCAGCAAUAACAUGCCGAGGUAGGCAGGGGUUGGGCAUGAGCAGUACAUGUCCAAGACAUUUCAGUUGACUGAAGUUCACAACUCCAACAGCCGGCUGGCCUAUCUUGCCUAGUACCCUUCGCCCGACGUUAACAUUGCUCACACAGCGAUUCCAUCAUACACCAGCGAUGUUACGAAGAAACUUGUGAUAGAAGUCUCGUAAUCGCCUCAUUUCUUCUACUUUCGACAGCUAUGUCUCACAACCGUAUGACAGGACAGAACGGACUGCAGCACAGUAUACUCGUCCUGUAAUAGGUAGUCGGGUAUCUCAGCAAUCGGCACCAAAGCUGAUGCUAGUUGAAAAUGCCAAACAUGCCUCCGGUGUCCGAGUGAGGAAUCUAUCAACAAUCAGCCAGCUUAAGCUGAUGCAACUCCCCAAUGAAGUGAGAUGAUCGACACAUCCCACCACCUCACUCCCUAUAAAAAACUGGAAGUACUUGCAGCAGACCAGUUCUGAAGCAUCAUCUUACAUAUGACAGAGGGCAACGAAAUGCAUGUCAAACAUAAUAAGAUUUCUGUCCAACGUAUCAGCAUAUUCACCGAUGGGGACAAUAUCGUCUGCAUAUUCCAAGUCGACCAGAUUGUCUCCAGGGAGUAGAUCAAUCCCUGUGAAGUCAGACAUACCUAAAGUUAUGUCUACUUACUAAUGGACCAUUAAGUAGGAACGGUGACAGUGAGCAUCUCUGGUGGACGCCACUGGCUGUCAUCAACUCACAUGAAAACUCUCCAUUAGCCCUUACAUGGGUACGUGGGUUCGAGUAGCGAGCUUUAAUGACCAAUACAUACUUGGUACCUCCUUCAUAGUUAGACACUGCCACAACACCUCACGGCAGAAUUAGUCAAAUGCCACCUUCAGGUCAAAAAAUAUGGCAAGGGUCAUCUGACUGAUUGCUUCCAAAAUGUCUAUUACCACAAAGCGGAUGGUAAUACCCAGCCACCUAUUUUCGAAAACGCCUUUCGCGUCUGGAUGAUAGAACAACAUAUAUAACCCACUCCUAUAAGAUGAAAUCUCUGACCACGAUGAUAGGCGAUGCAAUGUUCGCCCAUUUGAAGGAGCUUCACAGUUUCCCUUUCAAAUAAAUUUAUCAAUGAGUUUAAAAAUGAACAAGAAACUAAUGCUGAAGAAAGUCCCCUCACGAAUGUGCUGAAACCAUGGAAAAUAUCAUGCAAAAAAGUGUGAAGAGAUUCAAUGUGUAUAAAAAACGAUGGAGCUUAUGAAACUAAUUUUAAAAGACGUAACUAGUUAAAACUAAUUACGCUUGUAGUGAUCAGAAUGCAGGAAGCAUUCGAACAGGUUGACUGACUUUUAUACUUGCCAAGAAGCACUUUGAGUAGUGAUGUGAAUAUUCAUUCACUUCUUGGUUGUAUUGCGUUCUCUGAGCUGAGUUGUUUAGUCAUGGAGCCUUCAUCGUCUUUCUAGCCCAGUGGUUGAGUUGCAAUGUAUUCGCGAGGGCUUGCUCUCUCACGAGGUCUUUGGUGCACACUGCUGGGGGGCUCAUCACUACAAACGAAAUAGCUUUCCAGCAAGUCUUCUCAGGUUGCUGUUUUUAUACAGUUCAACUGAUUUCAUUCAACACAUGACAAAGAUACACUUUGAAAUCAAUAAUUUGAUUUUACUUCUUUUCUUUUUCCCACCCAUAGCAAUGAGAAUGGGUUCUGCAUCCAUGAAUACUGACUGAGAAAACUGCUUUGCAUAUUUACUUAUUUUCAACGAAUAAAAUCGAUUGGACUAUACAAUAACAUUCAAAUAUAUUGUUUUUAAAAAAUGCUGUAUAAACACUACUUUUCUACUUUUUACCCACUGUCUUGUUCAUUUCUUUUGUUUAGGCCAAUUUUAUGCUUUUUGGAAACAAAUUGCUUUCAUGCACAC